UUGCAGGACAUUUUCCUUAGUGUUGGCAACAAUUUUCCAUACUUCAACAUUUUGCUAUUCACGGGGAGAUAUUGUGUGAAAAAAAAUAUUGUUUCAUGAAAAAUAAAUAUAAAUUGAAUGAAAUACACAUUGAGAAUCGUUAACCGAAAACUGUUCUUGAUUUACUGCGAAUGCAAGAAGACAAGGAUUACAUAAAAAUAGAAGAUACAACAAAAAUAUAAAAAGCGCAAUAAUAAUAUUAAAUCAAAUAUGGCGGGUACAAGACGAGCUCGUAAUAAUGCCAAUUCAGUGGUCAUACCCCGUCAGAACUCUGUGUCUGACAAUGGAAGGACCCGUCAGAACCUUAGUCCUGAGGCAUUAGCAGCUAUGAAUAAGGAACAGCUUCGAGCCGAGUGCAGGAAAAGGGGCCAGCGGGCUACGGGCAACAAAAACGAGCUGCUCGCCCGUCUCGGGUACUACAAACUGGCGGCGGCGGUGCAGACUGACACCGACCAGCGCCCGCGCAACGGACUCCAUCAUCCGCAUCCUAAGGAGAUCAGCAGAAACAAAAACACAACAAUGGACAGUGAGAGCCUGGUGCUAUGGAGGCGGCCCCUCACCACACUGGAGUACUUCUUCAAGGAACUGAUCAUAUUGAUCUCCACAGGAUUACAGAGAUUAUUAGCGUACAGACUGUUGGCGCUAAGUAUAUUUGUAGCAAUAUUAGGCACAGUUGUAUCUUACUACGUAAGCGGGCCACAUCAGCCUUAUGUACAGGUGGUAGUAGCCAGCCUAGCAUGGUGGGGCUGGUGGGUGGUGCUGGGGGUGUGCAGCUCGGUGGGGCUGGGCACGGGGCUGCACACGUUCCUGCUGUACCUCGGGCCGCACAUCGCGCGCGUCACGCUCGCCGCCUACGAGUGCGGGGGGCUCAACUUCCCCGAGCCGCCUUAUCCUAACGACAUAAUAUGUCCCACAAACAUCGACCCCAACAGCCCAGUGACGAUAUGGAACAUAAUGUCUAAGGUCCGCAUCGAGUCCAUGAUGUGGGGCAUAGGCACGGCGCUGGGGGAGCUGCCGCCGUACUUCAUGGCGAGGGCCGCCCGCCUGUCCGGGGGCGGAGUCGCCGAGUUAGCUGCUAAUGAUGACUCUAGGACUGGCAGGGCAAAAAUAAUGGUCCAAAAGCUAGUCCAGAAAGUAGGCUUCGCAGGCAUAUUGGCCUGUGCUUCAGUCCCCAACCCCCUGUUUGACCUCGCAGGCCUUACUUGUGGGCACUUCCUCGUGCCUUUCUGGACUUUCUUCGGAGCCACAGUCCUGGGCAAAGCGGUUAUAAAGAUGCAUAUACAGAAGAUGUUUGUUAUUAUAGCGUUUAAUGAGACUUUGGUUGGCCAAGUCCUUUCCUGGGUAGAAAGGAUACCCUACAUCGGGCCAAAACUUGAAGCGCCUUUACUAGAAUUCCUUCGAAAUCAAAAGGCUCGUUUACACAAAAACGACGCCUCAACGCCUUUGGAGAACCAAGGCUCGGUCUUGUCAAGUCUUUUAGAGAAAUUUGUACUAGCCAUGGUGGUUUACUUCGUAGUGUCAAUAGUGAAUGCUCUUGCGCAGAAUUAUAGUAAGCGUGUGGGGAAGAAGAAGGGGAAGAAGAGGGAAUAGGGACUGCGGGGGACGGCCGACGCUCAAUGUGCUAUCGCGCGGCGGCGGGCAUCGGACCGCCUGCGCCGGCGUCGGUAGUAGCGACACUACACGCGAUAUACGUGAUAUACUCACGAUACGCGUUACACCUUACAUGACACAUGAUACGAUACACGUUGCUAGAUACGUGUUACAUGCAACUCGUUGCGUUACGUGAUAUAACUUACAUACGUCUAACGUUAAGCCCCAUAUUCAUGUUCAACUUUUGUUUAGCAACAGUUGACUAACGUAACAUUGUUGAUGAGCAACAAAUAUGUUGCUGGAAAUAAGUUUACCUUUAGCCUUUUAUUAUGAAGUCUUUAAAUUGCCAACUGUUGGUUGAUGCAUAAACAAAAGUUUACCAUGAAUACGGGGCUUUACGUGUUAGUUAAUGUAAGCACGUUGAGCAAUAGCAUAUUGCGCAAUAAAUGUUGCAUGUAACACGUAACACGCCGUAACAUCUGUCUACCGUUCUAUGGCGUUCACUAUAACUUAGAUAUUAUUAAAUAUUGUAUUGUACAUAACAUAAAUGAAAGCUUGUCUUAACAUAAAAUGGCUGGGCAUUUUGUUUAAUAAAAUUUGCAAAUAAGAUAACAAAAAGAGCUAUUAAUAUUACCAAAGAGACGCCAUUUGAAAAGAACGGUAGAUACACCAAUAUAAUAUGUACAUAAAUAUACUAUUGAAGUAAAAGAACACCAGAUUGAACCGAAAUUCUAAAUAAAAUGGAUAUUUUGCAGUGUUACAGUUGUUAAACCAUAAUGUCAGUAAUUUGGGCAGUUUUUAGUGUUAUCAGUAAUUUUAUGGUCAGGCUUAUAAUAGUUAACUUAUGGAUAUUUUUUGGGAACCU